GUGCGGGGACUCGGCGACCCAGAGCGCCUCUCCCGCGGUGCCGCGGUGCGGAAGUCGGGGCGCGUUGGCGCGCAUACUCGCUCCCUCCCUUGGCCGCCGUUCCCGCACCGCGGGGCAGCGGGCCUGGAGGCCCCAUUGAGAAGUAGCUUUCCUUUGCCUGGUGCGCCUUUGGCUGCAUGCCCGGCAGCGCUCAGGGUGCGACUGCCCGGGUCAGAUAGCACCUCAGGGCGAGCCCCGGCGGCCUGAUCUCGCCAACCCUCCUCGCCCGGGUUGCAACCCGGUGCGAGGCCGCCCGCGCCCUCCGAGUGUCCGCUGGUGCAGUGGGGGUGGACUGGCCGGCUGUGGCCGCGUGCGAGCGUGUGGAUUGGGGCCCGGUCCGAGCCAGAAGCGUAAGCGGCAGAUGUCGUCGGGCAUUGCCGCCCUCGCCCCACCUGUCGCGGGUGGACUUUGGGGCAGUACCUGGAGUAGAACAGAAAAAUUAUUAUGUCUGUGUUUCCUUGGGACUCAUUGGAAAUUGUACAGUGACAUCUUCUGGGAUUUAGUCUGGAUUGUGCAGACUGGUGCUUAAAAUGGAAGUCGAUAUUAAUGGAGAGUCUAGAAGUACUCUGACCACCCUGCCCUUCCCUGGGGCCGAGGCCAACUCCCCAGGAAAGGCAGAGGCAGAGAAGCCCCGGUGCUCCAGCACACCCUGCUCCCCGAUGCGGAGGACCGUGUCAGGCUACCAGAUCCUACACAUGGACUCUAACUAUUUGGUUGGCUUCACGACUGGUGAGGAACUCCUGAAGUUAGCUCAGAAGUGCACAGGAGGUGAAGAGAGCAAGGCAGAAGCCAUGCCAUCCUUACGCUCCAAACAGCUAGAUGCAGGACUUGCCCGUUCCUCUCGUUUGUAUAAAACCAGAAGUAGGUACUACCAGCCAUACGAGAUUCCAGCUGUCAAUGGCAGGAGGCGAAGGCGGAUGCCCAGCUCAGGAGACAAGUGCACUAAAUCUUUACCUUAUGAACCUUAUAAGGCCCUCCAUGGGCCUCUGCCUCUUUGUCUUCUUAAAGGUAAGAGGGCUCACUCCAAAUCUCUGGACUACCUCAAUCUAGAUAAAAUGAUCAAGGAGCCAGCUGACACGGAAGUGCUACAGUACCAGCUUCAACACCUAACCCUCCGAGGGGACCGUGUGUUUGCUAGGAAUAAUACAUGAAUGACUUGCAGAGAGCUUAAACCAGUUUAGGUCAGCCUACGCUUGGCUGGAAAAAACCCACUGCUGUACUCUGUACAUGACUCUUCACACUAUAGAUGGUUAUAUCAGCUAAGUGUUCCUGGAACAUAAAAAUUGUCUGGAUCAAAUUUGAAUACAGGAAUGAAAUCACAGGUACUUGGGGGGGAUAUCAUUCUAGAGCACGCAACUGCAAAGAAAACAGAAAGUUGACUGUUAGUUUGUAUAGCUUUUUAGCUAGGAAAAAAAGGCUUUGGUACAGUAAUUUCAUCUUUAUGAUUCUGACCCUCAAAUUGGGAAUGUUAUCUGCUUGAUUGUUGCUGACUUGAUAUGAUUCAUUAGAAAUUUAUAUCUUAAGUACUCAAGUACUUCUUGAAUCUCUGUAUUUUACUAUAAAAUGUAUGUAAUUAUUUGUUUUAUGAAAUUUAGAACUUGAACAUUGCUGAAUUGGACCACUUUUUAUUUUUAAAUAUUGAGUUUAAAUAUUUUAUAACUGGUUUUGCACUGAAAAAAUUAACAUUUCAGAUUGACAACAGAGUAAUCUUUCUUCACUUGCCUCAAUAAUAUUAUUGAGCAAUGAAUUUUUUAUUUCCGCAUGGAAAGUUAUUGAUCUCUAUGGCUGUAAAAUAUUUCUUUAUAGCGUUAUUAAAGUGUGUCUUAAUAAAAUUAAAUUUGGGAUACAAAGUAUUUAUUUUACAAUGGGUGGGCGGGGGAAGCUUUUCCAGAAAGUUUCCAAUGUGAUGUUUUCAUAAGUUGAAAAAACUCUCCUUAGUGCUUAUUUUCUAACUUAAAAUUCACCUGGAACUUUAAAUUGGAAAGGAUUCUUUUAAUUGUGGGUUAUAGGCAUAAUACUGUUUGCAUCUGAAUUUUCUGUAAGUGAAUAAAACUUUUAAUAGAGGAACUCAUGAUUUGUACUAUCGAAUGAUUAAACUAAGUAUGAAGUGAUACCAUUCAGCAUGGCAUCAGGUCAUUCCAGUUUUAGUUCUGUGCAACACAAGCACUCACUGAAAUUCCAGUUUCUAGGAUUAGCGUAGGAGCCUAACGUGCUUCUACAGUUUUAAUGGGUUAAUCCUGGAUUACUUAACAAUUUAUGUCAAUUGCACUGGUUUAAUUUGUUGCUAAAGAAAUAAUGCCCUGGCUUUAGUAACAAAUACAGCUCAACUAUUCUUGAAUAUAUUUUGAAAAAAAAAAAAUGUAUGUAACUUACCUUUUGUAAACGUUCUAUUUCUUUUUUCCCCCAUUUUUGACUCUUAAAGGUGCAAUUUAUUACUGAAUUGGGAUUUCUGGCAGCAUAGAACUGCUUACUUUUUAUUUUGGGGUCUGUGAGUUUCUUAGGUGUUAGCAAUCUUGCUUAUAAAAUAAGAACACCUUUUAAUUAAUGAGUGGGUCAUUCCUGGUGCAAUUGUGAUUUUUCUUUAGCCAGAAUGAAUGGCAAACUCUAUUUAGAGCAAAGUAAGUAUUAGAAAGCCCUAGGAACUCUUAAUCAACGUUUAUUACACUUUCAUUAAGGCAAACUAUGUGAAAGAGCCUUGGGGAAGUUGGCUCAUAUCUUACUGAGUUGAUCAGAUUUCUCGUUGGGCUGGAAAUGUUUAGCUGUUGUAUAUUUUAAGGUAAAUUGCACCUUUGUAACAUAUUGUAUUGACGAAUGAUCACUAAGAUUAGCUAUAUCUAUACAGUCAUUAGUUUGACAAGAAAUAGAAUCCUGUCAGAUGCCAAAGAGUGGGAUUUUUACGUUUAAUGAUUAAACACCAUUAUUUAUUGACAAUUUACCCUGUGGAACUGUAUUAUUUCUAACUAUGAAAUAAAGGGGUGAUGUAAACACACAUUGUUGUGUGGUGCUUUAAACUAGGUCCACCAUCAACAGGCUACUUACUGUUCAAGAAUUCCACUGAAUUCCACUUAAAAUAUCUUAUUUUAAGGCCCUAUUUUUGUUAAACAAAACAGUGACAACAACAGAACUAUUUACUUAUGAUGCUCAUUGUCAUUUUACGAUAAAAGAUGUAUUCAUGGCAAUGAUAUGUAUUCAGCCUAUUAGGAAACACAACUGGUUACCUGUGAGACCUGUUCUGCCCAUGUGCCUAAGUUUCUUAAUAAUAGCUAAAUAAAAAUGUGUAGCUUUU